UUACCGUAUAGCAUAAUUAUAUCUAAAGGGCUGUAAAAAGAACUAUCUAGUAUCAUUUUAUGAUUCUUAAUAAAUACGGACAUUAUUCAAGCAUAAAGGAAAAAUUCAAGCGUAAAUAAGCAUUAAGAAAUAUUCGGUAAAAUAUUAAUAUGAGUGCAGUAACUAGAUAUGAAUGCAGUUAUUCACUGUGCUGCUAAUCAUAGGUCCAGAAUUAUGGCUGCCAAAAAGCUAAUUUAUCCUGCUGCUGAACGUAACAAAAGUCCAAUUUUGUCAGUUCUUCAAAAAUAUAUUCAGCAUAGUCCAGAUAAAACUUUUUUGGAAAUUGCAUCUGGUUCUGGACAACAUAUAGCCUAUUUUGCUACUCAUUUUCCUCAAAUUUCAUUUUAUCCUUCAGAAUAUGAAUCAAGGCUAUUCGAAAGUAUUACAGCUCAUACAAAUGGACUUAUAAAUGUGAAAGACCCUUUAAAGAUAGAUAUUACAACUGAUUUUCAUACUUGGGGUAAUAACAUCUUUAAGGAAGCCGAUAUUGAUUAUAUAUAUAAUGCAAAUAUGAUACACAUUUCACCUUAUCAGUGUUGUGUUGGUUUAUUUAAUAAUGCGGGUAAAUUGUUAAAGGAUGAUGGUAUUUUAUUUACAUAUGGACCUUAUGCUAUAGACGGAAAAAUAACGCCAGAAAGUAACGUUAAUUUCAAUAAAUCAUUGAAGCUUCAAGAUUCAAACUGGGGCUUGAGAGAUAUUAAUGAUCUGAAGGCAUUAGCAGAAAAGAAUGGUAUUAAGUUGAUAAAUGUUAUUGACAUGCCUGCUAACAAUAAAACUAUUAUAUGGAAAAAAUGUUAAGUACAUAGUAACAGUGAAGUAAUUGAGUCAGUAAGAUGAAAAAUAGUGCCAGUCCAAAAACCGUAUUUUCAGGUAUUUUAUAAAAUAGCUUCAGUUUCGAUAUCGACGUCAUUAAUUUUAUAGCGUUGUUCCGAUUUAAACAAAUGAAUGUUCAUAUAUGUCUAACAGUUAAAAUCUAUCAUAAAUCUUAAAUAAUUGACAUAAAAUCACAUUAAGCUUGCACUGUCCUCCUGUUUUUAUUGAAAUUCUGCAUAAUUUUGCUUCGACUACAAAAUGUAUAUUAAAACUAUUAGAUUUGCAUUUUGAUAACUGGUAUGUAUAGUAUUCUUACUUAAAUCUGUAUCUCGAUAAUUAAUAUGUAUGCAAUAUUAUUAUUCUGUACUCUUCAAUAUUAUAAAUAUAUUGUAACCAAUCUCUCAUUCAA